AUGGCUUCCGCACACUCACUGCGGUCGUUCAUGCGGCCGACAGUCUCGACGACGCCUCGAUCCCUCACGAGGGCCUUUACGACAACGCCCCUCCAGAGCGCUGCGCAAGGGAAAUCGAGCCUGCCGCCGCAGAAACAGGUGCAGGUCUCCAAGAAACACAAGAAGCCUCUGGUCCGCGCGAAGGCUCCCAAUCCCGGCGAGCGCAAGGCUUUCCGCAAGCGCAUCCAGCUCAGCAACAACAGCGCGCUCGAGGUGCAAGGCACGGAGAACCUGCAGCCCGACACGAUGCUCAAGAGCGAGAAUGCCGGCAAGAUGUUUUCCAUCCCCAACGAUAUGCAGGAUAAGCUGCGCACGCUGGAAGCCUUUAAGACGACCCAGUCCUGGAAUCUGUUCCGCAAGCCGCAUAUCCUUGUGAGACAGGACAUGGUGGAUUUGAUGAACCAGGUAGAAGCUGCCAAGGGCAACAAGGAGGCGCUGAAGCUGGUGCUCACGGGCACGAAGCUGUCUGGAAAGAGUCACGCUCUCCUGCAGGCUAUGCUCUACGGAAUGAUGAACGAUUGGGUCGUCAUCAAUAUCCCCGAAGCUCAGGAUCUUACCAAUGGCAACACCGAGUAUGCGCCUGUCCCCGAGACUUCGGACCCGUACGAGUUCAUCCAGCCUGUGUACUGCUACAAGCUCCUCACCAGCAUCUACGACGCCAACAAGAGUGUGUUGGCAGGCCUGAAGCUGCAGAAGGACUGGUCCGCCACGACGCAGCAAAAGGGGGCCGGCAGCCUCGCCGACCUGAUCCAGAGUGCAAGAGAGCCCGACUGGGCGUGGCCGACCUUCAUGGCCCUGUGGCAGGAAUUGCAGCUGCCUGGUCGGCCGCCACUGUUGUUCACCCUCGACGGCCUAUCGCACAUCAACAAGAAGAGCGACUACCGCGACCCCGAGUUCAACCCCGUCCACGCGCACGACCUUGUCCUCGUGCGCACAUUCAUCGACGCCCUCUCGGGCAAGACAAAACUCCCAAACGGCGGCGCCGUCAUCGCUGCCACCUCCGGCAACAACCGCCAGCUGCACCCCUCCCAAGAGCUGGUUCUCUCGCAGCUCGAGGCCGGUCAGAAGGGCGACGAGGUGCCCAAGCCCGAUCCCUAUGAGAAGGGCUACGACGAGCGCGUGUAUGACGCCCUCAAGAACUCCACCGUCAAGAGGCUAGAGGCCCUCAGCAAGGCAGACGCACGCGUGCUGAUGGAGUACUGGGGCGCUAGCGGUAUGUUGCGAAGGAAGAUUGACCAGCACACAGUCUGGUCGGACUGGGCGCUGAGCGGGCAUGGAAUCGUGGGAGAGCUCGAGCGGACGUCUCUGUUGACGGUCAAGAUGUAA